AGCUAAAAAGGAUCGCAGAACUGGAACACGUGAAGAUAGAAGAAUACCAGUUCACAAAAGACUAAAAAUAGCUAACAAAUCGCAAUUGAAAGAAAAUGUUUGACAAGUGUAAUUUACACCUAAAGCCGGAAGCAUGAACACUAAAUUCUUGAUUAUAAUUGUAAUUAUAAUAAUUGUGAUGGUUAUAAUCAAUCUAUGAUACCCACAUCAUCGAUCAUUUGGAAUUGAGUGUUAAAAACAGCUGUCACCAAAGAAUCGAAAGCUCGGAGAAGAAGAAGCCAGGCCAAAAUAUUUCCUUCAUUUCACCGGACUCUGUAUCUCUCUCUCUAAUCAGAACCAAACACAAAGGGCGGAGAGAUCUCUCUGUGUCGCUCCAGUCUAGAAAUGAGCAAAGGACCUGUACUCUUCGCCGAUAUCGGCAAGAAAGCAAAAGAUCUGUUGACCAAGGAUUACAAUUCUGAUCAGAGACUUAGCGUCUCUACUUUCAGCGAUGCUGGAGUGGCCCUCACAUCAACAGCUGUGAAGAAAGGAGGGCUAUCAACUGGGGAUGUUGCUGCGCUCUACAUGUACAGGAACACUAUAUUUGAUGUUAAAAUUGACACAGAAUCCAAUAUAUCAACAACCUUGACAUUCACCGACUUCCUUCCGUCAACUAAGACCAUUGCUUCCAUCAAAUUUCCUGACUAUAACUCUGGCAAGUUGGAGGUUCAAUAUUUUCAUGAUCGUGCAAGUUUCACCACAGCUGUUGCUUUGAAUCAAUCUCCAGCAAUUGAUGUUACAGCCACCAUUGGUACCCCGACAAUUGCUUUUGGUGCAGAGGCAGGCUAUGAUGCUACUUUGGGUAGUUUCACGAAGUACACUGCUGGCAUUAGUGUGACCAAACCUGAUUCAUAUGCUUCGUUGAUUUUAGGUGACAAGGGAGAUUCUUUACGAGCAUCAUACGUGCAUCAUCUGGAUCUGCUGAAAAAGAGUGCUGUUGCUGGAGAGAUCACUAGAAGGUUUUCCACUAAUGAGAAUACUCUUACUAUUGGAGGGUCAUUUCCCGUUGAUCAGCUGACAUUGGUGAAAGCCAAGCUCAACAACCACGGGAAACUUGGGGCAUUGGUGCAACAUGAGGUCAUACCGAAGUCAGUGCUGACAAUCUCUAGUGAGGUUGAUACCAAGGCCUUGGACAAAAGUCCCAGGUUUGGGCUGGCAAUUGCUCUGAAGCCCUAAAGGUUCUCUGCCAGUUAUCUAAUCCUACUCUCGUUUUUUUUUUUUUUCUGGACGGCACUUGGAAAGGAGUGUUAAUAAGUAGCUCCACAUAAACAUAUUUCUAGGAAUAUGAUGGCUGAUGGAUGGAUUGAUUUGAUGUUUAGUUCCUUUAUUUUUAGGUUUUGGAGGCAUUUGUAGUCUGCUCUCUUCCGCAGAGAACUUUAAUUUUGGAUUGAUGGAGAUUUUUGCUAAUUGCAUUUAUGAUCCGUUUCUCAUAAUUCAGUGGAGGCUGGUCUCUAGGAGUGAUCCAGCUGCCAGCAUUUUAGUUGA